UUUAGUACUAUCAAUUUAAUCCUAUACUACAUUUUCCACAUAUCAUGGCAUUUUUCAGGCAAUUUCUCAUAGUAACCCUAGUUUCUUUGUUUAUUUUAGAUUCUGAAGCCAAAAUAAUUACCCUGAUAAACAAAUGUAACACUACAAUAUGGCCUGGUUUACAAGUACUAUUAGCCCGUCAGGAAUCCGAAUUUAUGAAGGGCGGUUUCGAAUUACAACCCGAACAAUCAAUGAACAUUACGACCCCACCCUUAUGGGAAUUUUUCAUAUGGGCUCGUACCGGAUGUUCAUUUGACAGCUCCGGUAACGGAGGAUGCAUCACGGGCGAUUGUGGCGAAAAUGUCCGAUGUUCGUUACAAAAUCAAUUUCCUAAUCCUCCAUUUACAAUGGUAACUAUUUCUCUAGGUCAGGAAUCCGAUGUUUACGGAGUUUAUCUUGGUUCCGGGUUCAACGUUCCGAUUUCAAUUUCUCCUAACGGACCGGGUUCCGACAAGUACAACUCUUCGAGUUGUACUUCGGAUUUGACCAAGAAUUGUCCGGAGGAAUUAAAGGUAACGUUUAACGGUCAGGUUGUUGCGUGUACAAGUCCGUGCCUUGCGUUUAACACGCCGGAAUUUUGUUGCUCCGAUUCUGAUGGCCAGAAUAAUUGUAAGGCAACAAAGUAUACAAAGGUGUUUAAGGAUUUAUGUCCGGCGGCUACUGCUGACAAUUCUGAGCAGAACUCAAAUAUGUGCAGUGGAAUUAGUCAGUAUCUAGUUAGCUUUUGUGGGUGAUGAUGGUAACACUUACAAAUUGCAUAUUUAGGAUUAAAUAUUUUUACGGUUAUCCGACUAUACUAUUUUUAUAAAAAUAGUUAACAAGUUCGAUUUGUUAUAUUUUGGUAAUCAAUAUUCAUUUUCCAAACAAUGGGAGGUUAAUUAUCCAUUGAAGCUGAAUUUUGCCCAUAUAGGUAAUAUUUGGCUUGGGAUGUAGAGUAACCUUCCGUUAUUUGAAAAUUGAAUGUUUGGUUACUAAAAUAUAAAAAUAUUGAUAAUUCUGUAAAAGUGAUAUAGUUAGAUAACAAUAAAAAUAUUUUACUGAGUAUUUACUUGAAUAAUUAAUAAAACUAUGUUGUUAUUAUA